AUGUCCGAGCCCGACCAAAGGGGCAUUCCUUCUGGGGACCCCAAGUCUUCGGAUGCUGUGGAUCCCAACAACCCACAGAAUUGGUCUCUCGAAGCCAAACUAUCCACGUACUCCACAAUUUGCUCGUUUACCUUCCUCGCCAACGUCAACAGUAGCAAUUUUACUGUUGCAACCCAGCCCAUCAUCAAAGAGUUCCAUGUUACCCAGACUCAAGCCGGUGAGCUAGUCUGUUUCAAUGUAUUCCUUUUUGGCAUGGGAAAUAUUUUCUGGGUGCCACUUAUGCGAGUCAUUGGAAAGCGUCCGGUGUAUCUAGUUGCAAUGCUCGGCCUGUGCAUGAUGAACGUGUGGUCCAGUCAAGCCAUGAGUUAUGGAGAACUACUUGCUUCGCGGAUCCUAUCUGGAUUUGCUGCAGCCGCGGCUGAUGCCACUGUUCCCGCCGUGGUGGCGGACAUGGUCGCUCCCCAGGAUCGUGGACAUUACAUGAUGUUCUUCCAUUUGGCAAUGACAUCAGGUCUGUUUCUCGGUCCAUUAAUCAAUGCUUAUCUAGUCCAAGAGGAGAACUGGCGCUGGAUGUGUUAUUUCCUUGCGAUUGCCGUUGGUGUCAUCUUCAUUGUCGCUAUUUUCACCAUCAGAGAAACCUCUUACCACAAACGACACGUCAGUUCCUCUCCGAUGAACCGAUCGCAAUUGCAGUGGAUGUCCUUGACAGCGGGCUUUAAUCGAGACGCAUCAUUCAUGCAGGCUCUCUUGGAUAUCCUUGCAAAUGCCGCAUACCCGCCUUUGAUCUGGUGCUCGUUAACUAUUGGAAUAUCUGUUGGCUGGAACAUUGUUGUUCAACUUAUGUCAUCUCGGACAUUCACGAAGCCCCCUUACAACUGGGAACUGGGUGACCUGGGCCUGCUCUCGCUAGCGGGAUUCAUUGGUUCUAUCCUUGCAUUUUAUGUAGGUGGUCGCUUGAUCGACAUUGUCUCUACGCGAAGCACUGCUCGACAUGGCGGCGUUCGUAAGCCGGAAUAUCGACUGCCUGCUAUCGUGAUCCCUGGCGUGGUUGGACCCGCAGGAAUUCUCAUUUUUGGUCUUUGCAUCGCAAACAAAACCCACUGGAUGGGCCCCGCAGUGGGUAAUGCUAUGCAGGCUUUCGGUGUCGCCGCUAUCAGCAACGUUGCGGUGACAUACUCGCUGGACUUGUAUAAACCGGUUACUGGUGAGGCUUUGGUCAUCAUAUUCGUGAUUCGGAACACCAUCGGGAUGCUGGUAUCGUUAUACGCCGCAGACUGGAUUGAACGUCAAGGACCUACAGCUGUCUUUGGUGAAAUGACUGCGAUCCAAGUCGUGAGCAUCCUCUUUGCGAUCCCCCUUUUCAUUUGGGGUAGUUCUAUUCGAGCUUUCACUUCACGAUAUGGUCCCAUGAAGCGUUUCCAGGAUUAGUGAGCACUUUUAAUUGAUACUUUACGCGUUUCUUGGGUCUAUAGGCCCAUGAGCAUGUGAAUCCAACAUUGUAUGUCAUACAAAGGGUGUGUUAUACGAG